CAAAAGAUCUGUAGCGUCUCAUUCGGGCGGGUCUGCUUCGUGAGUGUGGUGAAUAAAUAACUGUGGUCGAUGAAUCGCGUGGAUUCACUUCAUUAACUCGUGAAGAACGGCGACAACAUCGUUCAACUACCUGUUGACAACCAAUAUACAUGAUGCUUUUAGGAAACAUUUCUUUGAAACAAGCUAAAUCUGUAUGUAUAAUAGAAAACUCGCUCGAAUCCGAAAGUUGAGAUUAGAAAGGCCACCUGUGAUAAUUAAUUGCAGAUGUAACAAUUCAUGCCGAAAAUAUGUUUCAUAAUCAAUUAAAGGCAAAUUGCGUUGAAUCAAAAGAUGAUAAAUAUUUAGAAGAGAAAUAUUUAGAACAGAAAAUUAAUUGUGAAAUGUCAAAAGAAGAUGUUGAAAACAAGCAGAACCUGUAUAAGAAUUGCAAUUGCAAAAUCAAUACAAAUUUGCAAAUGCAAAUAAAUUUUCAUAGCGCAAUUUCAAAAAUCUUAAUAGCACUUAUCUUUGUCUCACAAAUUGUCAUAUGUUUGAUCGGAGUGAUAUAUGUCGUGGAAACAAUGUUGAGCAGGCAAGAACAUGCAGUGCAAAUAGCACAAGAAGAGCUACAAGUUUUAAAAAUGCAGAUGCAGUUUGUGCUACAGUCUACACAUUACACAAAAUCUGCACAACAUCCAAUCUCAAAUAGCUUCAAACAGCGAUCAAUGCGCACAUAUUCUAACAAUUAUAGUAACUCAAUCAAACCUUUCACUCACAAAUUCUCUAAUUCAUCGCCAAAUAGGUAUAAACGUGAUGCUGACAUCUCCACAUCAAAGCCUCAUUAUGAUAAAGCGAUUGUUCCAUUUGCACCGAAUCAAACAAUAAAUUAUCAAAAAAAUAUCAGCACUACUUUAAAUAACACGAAAUCAUCGGAAAAAUUUAGAAACAAAUUGAUUGCCAAUUUGACCAAAAAGAAACAAAACUUACGGCAUAAUUGUAACACGACAUUAUUGAACGCUAAAAUGCAAAAUCGCAAGACGGCGAAAGAUGAUAUGAGCGGUAGUGACGCGUUACAUUUACGGAGAAACCAAAGAAAGAGAAAAGACGGGGAAGAGAAAAAAAAUAAAAAACAGAGACAGAAGAAAAAAAGGUGCAAUCAACGCACGCAAUUAGGUCCACUGAUAGCUACGUUUAUCGGUGAAGUGCCAGAACAACAGAGUACACCCUCAGCAUCUAUUGGACCAUGGAUAAAAAGCAAUCAAAGUUAUAACUUCGAUUUUGAUUUCGAUAAGUUCUAUUUGGUGGAAAACAAUAGGGCAAUAGAAGUGAGCUUAAAUGGGUUAUAUAUGAUUCUUACACAGAUUUUUUAUGAUGGAAACGCAAUAAAUCACGCCUAUUCGAUAUUGGUAAAGUCUGAGGGUGCAUCCACGCCACAAAAGCUCAGUGAAUGCGCUGUUGCUUCUAGUCUUGAUGGAGUAACAUGUCAUACAAGUGUUAUAACACAUUUACGGAAAGGCGACAGACUGCUCAUACAGCAACAGCAGGGCAACAGAUAUAUUAACUUACGACAGGGAUUGAGUCGAGUACAACUCGUACUGCUUAGAGAAGAUAAAGCACUCAACGUCCAUGGUUGUGAUUAAGUCCAUGGUUGUGAUUAAUGUAAUUAAAAUCAAAGAACUUAAAUAAGGAAACGAUUAAGUUUAGCGAUUUGAUUUACAGAUAUCCUAUGUAAGCAUUUGACGAAGCGUAUAUGACUUUAGUGAUAAGAGUUGCGCCGAUAACGUACAUUAUCGUUAUUCAUGUCACAAUAUCUGAAAACUGUAGAUGUAAAAAUAUAAUAUGAACAAAAUUAGAUACGAGCCGCUCAAAAACCAAACUGACCAGCUCCAUCAAUUUAUUUCAUUUAUAAAAAAUUAAGCAUCAACCAUGUCCUUUGGUAAUAAAAUUGGAAGAAUUGCAAAAAGUGGAGCUAAUCAGUUUGGCUUCUAAGCGGCUCAUAUGUCAUUUCUUUAGAAAAGUAAAAUUUUGAGGCUGAGACAAAAGAAAAGAAAAUAAUAAUUAAUUAUAUAAUUACAAAAACGUAAAAAAUGCAAUGUAUAAUUGCAGUCUGAUUGUUUUCAUUAAUUUGUUUGUCUAUAGAUUUUUCUAUAGAUUUUCUAUACCCUUUUUUUACUUAAUAGAACACGUAUGUUUCAAUACAUUUUUACUCAAAGAAUAUUUUCUUGCGAAUAAAAUGUAGAUUCAUUUCAGAAAUAAAAUAGAUUACACAUGUGAUGUUAUAACAGUAUUAUGCAUAAUUAGUGAGAUAUGCAAGUAUGAUUAUUGCUCAUGCGUUUUAAAAUAAAAAUUAAAUAUUUUUUACACUUUUGUAAAAAUAGAAAGAUCGAAAAUAGCUAUAAAAACGAAGUUUUAUUAUUUUUAUACGCACAUUAUGCACAGUUAGCUAUUAAAAUAACAUGACAUACCAAUAUAAU